CAACGGAGCUCUGUUUGCAAAUAUGAGACCAGCGUUUCGAAACGCUUACUUGACAGUCUCUCGCUCCUUAAACCCUAAUCCAAAGUUCCCCUACACGCUCUCCUUUCUCCAUACAUUCCCCACCAUAUCCACCUCUCAAUCACCGACGUUUAUCAACUCUCGGAUCGGGAGAGAAACGUUUCGUUCGCUUUCUUCGACUCUCUGCUCCUCCUCGAUGGCGGGCGGUGAAGCCCACGCGCCCCACUCUUCUGCUUCUCUGGAGAAGCAGUUUGAGGACUUCCACGUUCAGCUCGAAGAGUCUGGAAGCCUGCGCGACCGCAUUCGAGCUGUGGUGAUGGAGAUCGAGUCCACCACAAGGCUCAUGCAUGCCACUCUCCUUCUGGUUCACCAGUCUCGCCCAACUCCUGAGCUUUUAGAGAAGCCCAAGGCUCAGAUUGGUGUACUAAAGGAGCUUUACAAUCGACUUGCUGUGGUUCUCCGUGAAUGUCCCGGGCAGUACUACAGGUACCAUGGUGAUUGGAGGAGUGAGACACAGACGGUGGUUUCCUUGCUUGCUUUCAUGCACUGGUUGGAAACAGGAAUUCUUCUUAUGCACUCUGAAGCUGAGGAUAAACUUGGGCUGAACAAUUCGGAGUUUGGUCUCGAUAUUGAAGACUAUCUUAUUGGUAUUUGUUUCAUGUCCAAUGAGUUGCCAAGGUAUGUUGUGAACCAAGUGACAGCGGGAGACUAUGAUUGCCCAAGAAAGGUGUUGAAGUUCAUAACGGAUCUUCAUGCGGCCUUUCGAAUGCUUAAUCUCCGAAAUGAUUUUUUGCGCAAGAAAUUUGAUGGUAUGAAGUAUGACCUAAAAAGAGUUGAAGAAAUUCACUAUGAUGUUAAGAUCCGAGGGUUGACAGCCCAGGGUGAUUCAAUUGGAGAAAAAGAAAUUCAAGGGCAAUCCUAGGGUACAGAAGUUAUGUACUGAGUUGCCUCUGUACGUCUUGAGUAUUUAACAAGUUAGUGAGUUUGCUUCUGACAGAUUUAGAUGGCACAAGAGGUUUCUUUGCUGCGGACUCUAAAUUAAAUGUUUUUUUCUGCCAAAUCUGAAGAUGAGAGCGCUUGUGUAAAUAUUGUGGUGAAGGUUUUUGUCCAUUGCAUUUACAACAAGCAUUAGGUUUUAAGUUUUUCAA